UACACAUUUCUGGUCUGUUUUAGACCUUUUUUUUGUCCACCCUGAUGAAGUAGGCAGACAAAAAUGGAUUCGUACGGGGCCACGACGCCUGAACCACGAAGAGAAGCAACUCACCUUCUCUAAACAUUUCUCGUUUCCCUUAACUGCUGCCAUGAUGUCACUGGCUACCCCAGAUAGCACUGAUGAUGAACUCUUUGAUAGAAAUCCAUCAGAAGCUGCCAAGCUGAUAGGUAGUGGAGACAGAGCCGGUGGUGAUGAGGGCAAAGUCAGUGGGAAAGCCUGGGGCAGGGUUAAGAACAUAUUUACGAGGCAUGGCCGCUUUCCCACCAGUAUUUAUUUCAUCAUCGGCAAUGAGUUUUGCGAACGAUUUUCCUAUUAUGGGAUGAAAACCAUAUUGGUUAUCUACCUCACACAACGCCUGGGUUUCCAUAACGACCCUGCCACUGCAGUUUACCAUGGAUUUAACAUGCUAUGUUACUUCAUGCCCUUAUUUGGAGCGAUUUUGGCAGAUGGCUACCUGGGAAAGUAUCGGACCAUCCUGUAUAUCUCCCUUGUAUAUGCCCUUGGCAAUGUUGUGAUGGCUCUGACUGCAUUACCUCCCCCUGAAUGGAUUGGCCCCAUGGUGGGGCUGGUGCUGAUCGGGGUGGGGACUGGAGGAAUCAAACCCUGUGUAUCUGCUUUUGGUGGGGACCAAUUUAGCAAGGAGCAGAAAAAGGAAAUCCAGACAUUUUUUUCUGUGUUUUAUUUUGCCAUCAAUGCUGGAAGUUUGAUCUCAACCUUUCUGACUCCAGUUUUAAGAGCUGACGUGCAGUGCUUUGAUGCAGACUGUUACCCGCUAGCUUUUGGUGUCCCUGCUGCUCUCAUGAUUGCUUCCCUUAUCAUUUUUAUCUCUGGCCGGAAAAUGUAUAAGAGCUAUCCUCCAAGCGGUAACCUUUUUGGGAAAGUGUUUAGAUGUGUAAUGUGUGGAAUCAAAAAGAAAUUCACAUCCAAGGAGAAAGUUGAGCACUGGCUGGACAGAACCACAGACAAGUUUGAGACUAAUUUUGUUGAAGAUGUGAAGUGUUUGAUGAGAGUAUUGUUGUUGUUUCUACCUCUGCCAGUAUUCUGGGCACUUUUUGAUCAGCUGGGCUCUCGUUGGACCUUACAGGCUGGACAGAUGAAUGGACGGUUGGUGGAUGGCUGGAAGAUCAAACCUGACCAGAUGCAGGCUAUCAACCCAGUCCUAAUCCUUUUGUUGAUUCCUGUUUUUGAGAAUUUUAUCUAUCCAUUGCUGGAUAAGUGUAGAAUUCCAAACAGACCACUUCAGAGGAUGGUAGCUGGCAUGACACUAGCAGUUGUAGCCUUUGUUGUGGCCGGCUUUCUCCAGAUAAGGAUAGAUAACUUAAAAGAGGAGCCAUUAGCUUUAAAGGAAUCUGGUUUUUCUGUGAUAAAUACAUUGCCAUGCCAACUGUCUGUCAAAUCUACAGACCUGGACUAUUCAACAACCAUUGGUCCUUAUGAGUUAGGCGAUUUUGUUCGUCAUUCAAGUGGAAAUUUCUCUGUCACCAUUGCAACAAAUCAGACAUGUUCUGUACGAGGUUCGGUUACAAAUAAUAUAAACCUGGAGUCACAGAAGUCGUACAGAAUUGUUCUGUUUGAAGACCAGAAAAAACUGGUUACAAAACAGUUUCCAGAUUUAAGAGAAAAACCAAAAAAAGGCAAUGCCUCUGUGAGCUUUAUUUUUUCACUAGAGGAGACAUUCAGUCCAGGCAUGAUAAUGCUGGUAAAGGAUAAGGAAGUGUUGAAGUUUAAUAUCUCACGUGACAUGGCCACAGAUUUCCUAAACAUUACACCGGGAAAGUAUGAUUUGUAUAUUCCUGAUAAAAACGGCCAUUGGCAAAGCAGCGGCCAAACAGUAGAGAUGGAUUACGGAGCCGUCUAUUCCAUUAUGUUGACCGGUGGAAAAAUGGAACAAGAGGAGAUAUUAGUCCAUCGCUUCACAAGUGUUGAACCAAAUCAGGUUUCCAUGGGUUACCAAGUCCCACAAUACAUCAUAAUCACAAUGGCAGAGGUGAUGUUCUCCAUCACAGGGUUGUCAUUCGCUUAUUCACAGGCUCCUCCGUCAAUGAAAUCCGUGCUACAAGCUGCCUGGCUUAUGACCGUUGCCGUGGGUAACUUGAUUGUGUUGAUCAUAGCAGAAGUUCAGUUGAUACCAAACCAGUCUGCAGAGUUCUUCCUCUUUGCUGCUCUCAUGGGAUUGGAUGUCAUCAUCUUUGCUGUCAUGGCAAUCUUCUACAAAUACACCAAUCAUGUGGAUCCUAGUACAAUGGAGUUUAGUGACACAACCGGAUUGGUUAACAAUGACCAAUCGGAUGAGUCCUCACUUAAAGACAAGUAAAUUUUCUUCAGGAUGAGUAAGGAGGGCAUUGAAACAUUGAAUGUUUUAUUUGGACAUUUAAAAAUUUUUUACACAAGUAACUUUUAUUCAUUUCUUUGAAUUAUUUGUUUCUUGAAAUUACUUAUGUACCGAUAUACAUAUAUAUAUAAGUGAUGUUUCACUUAUUUCUUCUGUUUUCUGCCAGUACAUGGAUAAAUUUGUAUAUAUGUUGAUGUCACUUAAAAAUGUUCCAAGUUUGUUCGCCGAACCUUUUCCUGGACUUAAGAUUUUAUUCUUUUCCUGGACUUAAGAUUUUAUUUAUCCUUGUUAAUAUUUAAAACCCUAGCUUUGACGGGUGUUUUUCAUUCAAUCUUCAGUUGCCCAUGUGAUAUGCAUCAUCUGUAGUGAUAUGUUUGAAUAAGACUUUUAAGUUUAUCUUGAAUUCCAUCAAAGUGUCCAGUAACAAUGAGCAUUAAUCAUAUAAUGCGUUGUUAAAAUGAUUUAAAUUUUAUGAUCCAUGACUACAAGUAAGUUUCUCAUUUUGCCUGACUCUGAGAGGCCUGGUUGUUUCAGAAAAGAGUUUGAGGUUUGUUUGAAAUGUAGGAUGACUACAAUGCCAGUGUUAAUGUUUUAUGACUUUUAUGUGCCUCUGAAAAUAUGCUUUUUGGAGUGAUGAUGUGAGAUGAUGUGCUAGGUUCAAGCUGUAAAGCAUAAAAAGUUAAAAAAAAAAUUCAACUAUGUUCAGUUCGCAAAUGCUACUUAUAUGAUGUUUCAAGUGUCUAUUUUCACAUUUGUGUGUGUAGAUUUUGAGCUACUUGUAGAUUUUGAGCUACAAGUAGAUUUUGAGCUACUUGUAGAUUUUGAGCUACAAGUAGAUUUUGAGCUACAUGUACAUGAACACAUACAUGUAUCUACUCUGUAUACUUUUUUUUCAUCCUGUUAAGUCUUGUUAACAG